CGACAAUCACCCGCAGAAAUCUCAGGUUUUCGUUAGGUGAACUUGCUAUAAUGGCAGACGAUCAUUCUGCUUCAGGUAGUAAAAGAAGCUUCCAAGACGAUGAAAAUGACAUCUCCGGGUCAAAGAAGGGUUGUAUGAAAGUGGACGAAGAAGGUGUUGCAGCAGCUGCGAUGAUUGUGUCACUCAGAGAGAGUCUUCAGAACUGUGAAGACAAGCUUGCUUCAUGUCAAAGUGAGCUUGAAUCAGCAAAAGCAGAGAUUGAUAAGUGGAACUCAGCUUUCAACAAAGAGUCCUUUGUACCUUCUAGAAAAUCUCCUGAACCUGAAUUUGUGAUUGACUACAUCCAAACCCUAAGAUCUUCCGAGAAGUCUCUGAAAGAAGAGGUUGGCUUUUGGCUGAUAACUUUUUUAGCUAUCCGUGAUCUCAAAUCUCAGCUCAAGCCAGCGUCAAUGAAGGCAGAUGAGGAUCUAGCAGUCGACAGCGAGCAGCAAGGCUCGGCCCACGCUGGUCCCUCACAAGGAGAAAUCCCUCACGAUGAUGAGCAGGAGGAACCGGACAUUGAGUCUCUAAAGAUGAUCAUCGAAGAUCAAGUUCGCGUGAUUCAGACGCAGAAUAGUCAGAUUCAGACAAUGAGUAGUCAGUUUCAGACAAUGAGUAGUCAGUUUCAGACGCAGAAUAGUCUGUUUAAGAGGUUUGAUGAUAUUUUUGACUACCUUGCUGCGAAGGAUCCACGGUUGGCAACCCUUCUUCGUAUCACCACCUUGGGUUCAAAGAACAAUCAGUCUGCAACAGGGAACGAUCCGGCCGCAAACAAUGACUCCAACACCGUUUAGUUUUAUUUUUAAUGUUUAUUUCAACAAUAUUUUAAUGUUUUAAAAAAUUUUAAUGGAUUUUAUUCUUAUUUAUAAUAUCAGUUUUAGUUAUAAUUUCUUAUUUUUAUGCAAUAGUGUUCCUUUGAUGGUUGUCUUUCUCUCCCUUGGUUCAUGUAAGAUAGACAGUUUUUCCUUGUAAAGUGUAA